UAUACUGACUUGAAGACGCCCUGCAAUUGUGAUAACUUUUAGAUUAUUAUCGAAUCGUUAUGUAUUCCAAGUAUCGGAUCAAGGAACUAAAAGAUGAGCUCCGAAAACGUGGUGCUUCCUUACGCGGAAAGAAAGCAGAUCUUGUUGAAAGGUUGGAGUUUUAUGACCAAAACUUUAAUUUUGGCCGUUCUGAAAAUACUGAUAAUGAUGAUCCAAAGAUGCAGUUGCCGUUAGGAGAAACCUAUCGGGAUAUUAACAGUAACACAAUAUUGCCACCCCUAGAUAAGACCAUGAUAAGACAUUAUUUAUGCUACACACAGAAAAAAAUAGAUACAGCAAUGCAGUUAUAUGAGACACGUCACUUGCUGAUGGCACGAGCUUCUGUGGUUGGUGACAAUACCUUCAUAAAAGGCUACUGUAGGAAGACUAUGAAGAGUCUACAGUAUGAAGUAGAUAUAUUAAUAAAUAAGAAUGGUAACCCUGAAGCAUCACAAUGUGAAUGCCCUGCUGGAAGUGGAACAAAUGCAUUGUGCAAACAUGUUGCAGUCCUUUUAUUUGGCAUUGAGAACAUGGUACGAGAAAAGCUUCUGCUUCUGCAAGAAGUAUGCACUCAAAAACUGCAACAGUUUCAUGUACCUAGCAAGCCCUACACUGAUAGUCCUGUUAAAGCAGAGAAAUUUUACAGGAGAAAAAGAAAUAUAAUUUUUGAACCAUACUCUCUCAAAAAUAUAGAUAGAGUAAAUUAUAAUACAAGAUUCUCUAAUUUGAUUCUUGGUUUUUGGAAUUCCCGGAUGCCUUUGAAACAAUUAUAUGAGCCAGCUAACCCAUAUGCUCUAAUAAAUGAUCACACAUAUACAAAUAUGAAUCCCGAGGAGCAAUUUUUAAAAGAAAUGAAAUUGAAUAAAAUUACAAAAGAAGAGGCAGACCUCAUUCAAAACAAUACAAUUGGCCAAAGUGAAUGUCCUGAUUGGCAUAAAUAUAGACAAGUGCGACUAACAGCCAGUAAUUUCCACACAAUUUGCAAUUUAAAGCCAAAAACUAUGGCAAAAUAUGCCAGUGAAGUAAUAAAUAAAAAGGAAUUUAAAUCAAGAGCUACCAGUCAUGGAUUAUUAAAUGAAAAGAUUGCUUUAAGAAAGUAUGCUGUUGAAUAUGAUCUUUUAAUAAAGCCUUGUGGUAUUUUUAUAAGUUUGGAGAGGCCAUAUCUUGCUGCAUCUCCUGAUGGGUUACUGAGCACAGAAACAAUUAUAGAAAUCAAAUGUCCCUAUGCUAGCAGGUAUCAGACAAUAGAUCCUACUUCAACCCCUUAUUUAGAACUUAUCAAUGGGAUAUUAACAUUAAAAAAAACAAGUCCUUACUAUUAUCAAGUCCAAGGACAAUUGUAUUGCUCAGGUAGAUCAUACUGCAAUGUGGUUAUAUAUACUUACAAAGAUUUAAAAGUAGUAUAUGUAGAAAAAGACAACUACUUUAUUAGUAGUAUGCUGGCAAAAUUAGAUUGUUUUUAUAACAACUACUUCAAAUGCGCCUUGCUCGAAAAUCAUGUAUAUUUUAAUUAUUGUAAGACAGACCGUGAGCCUCGUCCCGUGAGCGUCGUCGAGCCCGAUCCCGAACUCGCUCCGGACCUUGGUCCUUUACCAGAUACAAGAGACCAACCAGGUGAUCCAGAGUUGGACCCUGAUCUUUUAGAAGCCCUCGGUGAGUCAACCAGUGACAUCCCAGAAUUCGGAGAAAAAAUCCACGAAAGUUUGGCUAAAUUGUGGCUUCCCCUUCUCGUAAAAGGCCUGCCUAAAGAUAGGAAGGAAAUUUUAUUGAAAGAUUACCUUAUACCUGACAACUGUAGGCUGUUACAAGCCCCUAAACUAAACGCCGAAAUAUCUGCGGCCGUAACUGACUUUGUAAGGAACAGAGACAAGAUCCUGGUCGCUCAUCAGCAACAAUUGGGAUCGGGCAUAGCAGCUGCCAAUAGAGCGUUAAACAUCCUUUUAAGCGAAGAAGAAAAGAGAACCUCCAUAAACCACUUAAGUAAUGUCUGUCGUAUACUUUCGGAUUUGCACGCAACAAACACAAAUAGUCGCAUUAAACUCAUAACCCCAAACCUGGAUAAAAAUUUUAUCCACGUCAUUCAAGAUUCAGUGCGAGAUGAAACUCUGUUCGGUAACAAUCUUUCCGAUAAGAUCAAGGCUGCAAAAGCUAUAGAACGUCAAGGCCUGCAAAUUAAAAAGUCUAUUCCGCGAUCUUCCAGCCCUCAAUCCACAAGCAACCGCUCUUCAAACUCGGGAAACUGGUCCGGCCCGCCCCGGUAUUCGUCGAUUCGCGGCAACCGAGGCGGGAAGAAAACAACAUCGCAGAACCGUCGCUCAUACCCGAGCUCGUCGCAACAGCAGUCAGCGUCGAAGCCCGCAGCAGCGAACAAGCCGCGUGCUCCGGCAACGCAGUAA